AUGGUCCGACAUCUCGACGACUACAUAACUUCUUAUGGGAGAUUUGGAAAGUGCAGUGACUGUGGAUUCCAUUCCGAAGCAACUGCGUUGAUCAGAAAAAAACGAUUCUGCGAAGACUGCAAAGAAGAAAAGUAUCCAGACGAAAAGCCCGAAUUUCAAGAGACAGAUGCAAGAUUCAAGUGCCGUGCUGGUAAAUGCGGGGCGAAAAAUCUCUCCUUCCGAGAGAUCUUAAUUGGGUCUUGCUGCAAGGAUGCGGCGAAAGCAAUUUCCGACAAUGUUUGGGAGUCCAAGUACGAGCGCGAUGUGAUGAACAAGAUUUAUAUGAAAAUAAAAACGGCGCGCUGCUCUUUCAAUUCCAAAAUAGACGAAGCUGAAGGUGAGCUGUAUUCUGCGAAAAAUGCAGUGCGAGCAGCAAAAGAAGCACUGAAAAAGGCUGAAGAGAGAGUUCUAGCGGCAGAAGUGAAUCUUGGAUACGCGAGAAUAAAACAUCGAGAUUUGACAAAAUUGGAAAAGAAAAGCGAGAAACGAGUUCUUGUCAUUACAAAAGCUGCGUUUGAAGAACAUGACGAGCCACCAGCAAAGAAGCCGAGGAAAGAGGAAGUGAAUGAGAAGCUCGAAUGCAGACUCUGCCUCGAGUCCUACACUGAAGACCGCCCAUCUGCGAUCAUCAUUCCAUGCGCGCACAUGUUCUGCUAUAAUUGCAUCUCGUCCCUUCCACAGAAAAAUUGCCCCAACUGCCGCGCCGAGUUUACUGACAACAAUGUCUACAAGACUCACUAA